GACACGUCUUGAUAGGAAAACAUGCGCCUCGUGCACAUUGCAGAAAGCUUCUUCUCCUUCCUCUUGGAGUGGUUCAUAGUUCUGCACAGAUUGAGGUUUCAUUAUAUACCCAGCUAACGAUUAAAGUGUUAGCAUACUGCAAGCCCAUGCAUUUUGGUUUAUGCAGUUCACGCAUUUUAUGUGUUCGUGUGUGUGCUGUCAGUUUCUUACGUGUGUGUGGUCUUAAAACAACUUUAAGCAUGCCUAAAAGAGCCAAGAAGAAUGAGGAAGCUGUCGAGGGGGAGACUGGCAAUGAACCUGCAAAGAAAGAGAAAAAGGGGAAGGAGCCAGAGGCCCCAAUUCUGUAUGAAGAUCCUCCAGAUAAGACGUCCAGUAAAGAUGGCCGAGCGUCUAACAUGAAGAUCACCUCCUGGAAUGUGGACGGUCUGCGUGCGUGGGUCAAAAAGAAAGGCCUUGAUUGGGUGCGUAAGGAGGAUCCAGAUGUGCUGUGUCUGCAGGAGACUAAGUGUGCUGAGAAAGCCCUGCCAUCAGAGAUCACUGACAUGCCUGAGUAUCCACACAAGUACUGGGCUGGAUCAGAGGAGAAGGAGGGCUACAGCGGAGUCGCCAUGCUCUGCAAGACUGAACCGCUCCGUGUCACCUAUGGUAUUGGUAAAGAGGAACAUGGUAAAGAAGGUCGGGUGAUCACUGCUGAGUUUCCAUCUUUCUUCCUGGUCACAGCGUAUGUGCCUAAUGCCAGUCGUGGUUUGGUGCGACUCGACUACCGUAAGACCUGGGAUGUGGAUUUCCGGGCCUACCUGAGUGUCUUGGACCAGCGCAAGCCCCUGGUGCUGUGUGGAGAUCUGAAUGUGGCCCACCAAGAGAUUGAUCUCAAAAACCCCAAGGGUAACCGCAAGAACGCAGGCUUCACCCCUGAGGAGCGUGAGGGCUUCACCAAACUUCUGGAGGCUGGUUUUACUGACAGUUUUCGGGAGCUGUAUCCAGAACAAGCCAAUGCCUACACCUUCUGGACCUACAUGAUGAACGCUCGAGCCAAAAACGUUGGGUGGCGUUUGGACUACUUUUUGCUGUCAUCAGCCUUGCUUCCAGGUCUGUGUGACAGCAAGAUCCGAAACACAGCCAUGGGAAGUGACCACUGUCCUAUAACCUUGUAUUUGGCAGUGUAGAUAAGGUUUCUCACGGCCCCAAGCUUUUCAGUUUCAUCAGUUUCAAGGAUCUAGUCCUGUUAGACCUAGAAUACUAUUUCCUUUCUAAAAACCAAAUACAGGCCCAUAUGUAGGAAUAUGUGUGGUGCAGACACAUUAAAAGGAGACGUGGAUAAAUUGCAAUUAUUCUGCUUUUAUUGGUUGCCUGAAAUCAGAUUUUGACACUAAAUUAUCACAAAAAAUCGUAAUUUCAAGCUCUUAAUCCACUUUAUAUUUGCAAUGUUUUAAAAAAAACAACAACAUAUUUUAUCUAAAUGACAAACCCUGCCAAACUCAUCAGUGUUGAUCAUAGCAAAACGUUUUGAAGCUUGUAAAAGGAUAUAUGCAAGGAUAUAUGAUGUGUAUGAUUUGAAUGAAGUUAAAGAUCUUUGGUCUAGCAAAAUAGAUUUUGUCUUUGGUGCUAUUUUAACAUCUGGAUUUUACAUUACUCGUGAUUUAGUGAAGUUAGUGGUGGUUAAAUGUUACAUAUGCCACUUUGUUUCAAAAGACCAAUGAUUUUGCUUAUGUGCUUUUUUUUUCUCCCCGAGUAUGUCUGUCUUUAGCCAUUUUUUUCAGAUUUUGAACUAA